CGUAGCGCGAUAAACAAUUUCAUUAUCGUCGACCUCGCCGCAAUUGACUUUCGUCUCAACGGGCCUCGUUCUCGAACUACUCAUCGCUGAGACCCGCCUUGCGCAAUGUCGAUGUAUCCGCAUCGCGCCAUGGGGGGCGGCCCCCAAGGCAAUUCCACUCGGCUGAACGAGUUGCUCGAACAGAUCAGGGUCGAGUUUGAUACUCAGAUGCGCGCGACGGAAAACUACGAGCAUCAGAGUAUGUCUACUACUCUUGCCGCGCAAGUCAGCGAAAUGCAACUGGUUCGUGAAAAGGUGUAUCAGAUGGAGCAAACUCAUCUCAGCCUCAAGCAGAAGUAUGAAGAUGAGAUCAGUGCUCUACGACACCAACUCGAGGCUGCUCGAAAGGGAGGCAUCCAGCCUGGCAUUCCAGGCCCGCCUCAACAUGCAGCGCCCUCUCAGCAGCCCCCUUCUAUCGCUCCUGGCAAUGGUCUUUUUAGUGGCAUCAUGGCUGGCGGUAGCCAGGGAGGUCUCGUUCCUCCUCAGCCAGGCCAGCAGCAGGGUCAGCAGGGCCAGCCCCAGGGUGCGCAGCAGCAGCAGCAAACGCAGCAGGGACAUGCUCCUCAGGAGCAGCCGCUGGGACCUCAACACCAAAUGGGCCAAGGGCCUCCUGGACUUCCCGUCCCUCCUCCUCACCCUAACGCGCAGCAAGCACCUUACUCUCAGAACUAUCCUCCGGGCCCCGUUUCCAAUGGGAUGGGCCCCCAGCCCCAGAGCACCGCCUCUCCCGGCCCCGGUAGAAGGGGUAUCGGUCGUCCACCAGGUGCCGUCGGACCUGCUACUCCCCAGGUUAACACCCCCGUGCCUUACCCUGGAAGUGCAGCCUCCCCUCAAGUCAGCCAUCCGACCCCCGAACACGGCCGAAUGGGAGGCCCACAUGCUCCCGCCGUUGGCAACGCUCUUGGAGACCUUGAAGUUGACUCUGUGGCCCCUCACAACAAGAAGACUGGGCAGGAUUGGUAUGCGAUUUUCAACCCUCAAGUCCAGCGUGUUCUCGAUGUGGACCUCGUCCACUCUCUCAACCACGAAAGUGUCGUAUGCUGCGUCAGGUUCAGUCAUGAUGGCAAAUAUGUUGCAACUGGUUGCAAUCGAUCUGCCCAGAUCUUUGAUGUUCAAACUGGUGAAAAGGUUUGCGUGCUCGAGGACCAUAAUGCCUCUGAUAUGAGCGCCGAUCUCUAUAUUCGCAGUGUCUGCUUUAGUCCCGAUGGUCGCUACCUGGCUACUGGUGCUGAAGACAAGUUGAUUCGAGUAUGGGAUAUCCAAACUCGAACCAUUCGAAAUCACUUCUCUGGUCACGAGCAAGAUAUUUACUCGCUCGACUUUGCUCGUGAUGGUCGAACAAUUGCCUCGGGCAGUGGUGAUCGAACUGUACGCCUGUGGGAUAUUGAGCAAGGCACAAACACUCUCACUCUGACAAUAGAGGAUGGCGUCACGACUGUCGCCAUCUCUCCCGAUACCCAAUUCGUAGCUGCAGGCUCGCUCGACAAGAGUGUACGUGUAUGGGACAUCCAUUCCGGCUUCCUUGUCGAGCGUUUGGAAGGACCUGAUGGUCACAAGGACAGUGUUUACUCGGUUGCCUUCUCGCCCAGCGGCAAGGACCUAGUUUCUGGCAGUCUCGAUAGGACUAUCAAGAUGUGGGAGCUCAGCGCUCCUCGUCAAGGAAACCAGCCUGGCCCCAAGGGUGGCAAGUGUGUCAAGACAUUCGAGGGCCACCGUGAUUUUGUCUUGUCAGUUGCUCUCACCCCCGAGGCCAACUGGGUACUCUCUGGCUCCAAGGACCGGGGUGUCCAGUUUUGGGACCCUAGAACGGGUACGACGCAACUCAUGCUGCAGGGACAUAAGAACUCCGUCAUCAGCGUCGCACCUAGUCCACAAGGAAGAUACUUUGCCACUGGCUCUGGCGACAUGAAGGCUCGUAUCUGGUCUUACCGUCCCUAUUCCUGACUAAACAAGGAACCGGCUCAAUGGGUUGCUUUUUAGAUGCUGUGUCUAGAGAAUGACAUGGUUACGAACAAGGGCGAACUGAUACACGACGGAGAAAAAGUGAUGUGCUUGGCGGCGGUGGUUGUACUGGGACGGAUAUCUUUGAGGGGAAGCAUUCUGCUUUUCACGUGGUGGCUAAACAGAGUGAGCGACAGAAAUUCUUGUUACUUGGAUAUCGGAUACAGGAAUCAAGCUCCAUACGCUCAACUUACGGCGCGAAGCAUGAUCUUCCAAAGAGGCGCACAGGGAUACGGGGAAUUUGGAGAGCAGGAUGAACGUAGAGUGGGCUAUAUCUGCUCGUUUGCAACUUUUUUGUUUCUAAUUUUGCAGUGUGUUAUAAUGAAAAUCACCAGUCCUUGAAACA